AGGGAUUAAAAAGGCCGACGGAUUGAAAGGACAAAAAAAAUCUGCUAAAAUUCUAGGGUUAGGGUUUAUUGAGGGGUUUUGGUGUUUGGAGAGUUGGAGAGAGUUUGAAAGGUAUGAACACGAACAAGUUCGAUGCAAAGAAGCUCCUCAAGGACAAGAAAUUCUGGUUCGCCUCUUUCCUCAUUGCUUGGGCCGCUGCUCUUCAGGGGCACAUGAUGUGGUUACAGAGGCAGGACAAGUUCAAGCAGAAAUUCGGAACCCUAGAAGAAAGCAACGACCAAAAGGAACUCAUAAAGGAUUAGCAUUGGUGUUUAACAGUUCAAAAAAUGUUAUGAAGACCAAGACCAACCAACCAGCCCAGUUGAGAGAGACACACUUUGUGGUGACAGCGGAUACGGUGGCUGCUUCUCUGGUAAUAUGCCCACCCCAUAUCAUACCCUCUUCCUUCCUUCCAGUAUUUAUUAUUAUUUUUUAUUUCCAACCAUAUCCAUGCCAUCUAUUGUAAUUAGGUAAGUAAUGACUCAUGAACUAUACAUUUUACUAUUUUUUUAAAAAACUUAUAUAUAAAUCAAACCACGACUGUUUGUAAUCCUUUGAAUUGUUGAACACGUUGUGUUUAGAUAUAUAGGGUUCUCAAAUGAAC